AUGGCUUGGGGUGUGUGGGGCCGGGCCCGACGGGGCCCCGUGGGGGCACUGACCCUGACAGCUCUGGCAGAAGGCCUCCGGGCCAGCCAGGGGUGGCCACUGGCAGCUCCUUCCCGGGGCCCCCAGACCGAGCCCCAGGAGCUUGAACCCGAGGCCCAGGUUCCUGCCCUGGCCUCUGAGGCUGAGCCCUGGAGUGCGGCCACUGUCCCCACGGCUGGCAGUGAGCCCUGCUCCCCACCCAAUGCCCAGGAGCCUCCCCCUAAGGGGGCCAACCAGGCCCCCCGGAGUCCCUGGGAGGAGGGGGUCCUAGCAGACCUGGCAUUGUACACGGCUGUCUGCCUGGAGGAGGCUGGCUUUGCUGGGACGCAGGCGACAGCGCUCACCCUGUCCUCAACCCUGGAGGCCCGGGGGGAGAGGCUGGAGGACAAGGUGCACGUUCUGGUGCGCGGGCUGCUGGCUCAGGUGCCUAGUCUAGCCGAGGGGCGGCCCCGGCAGGCAGCUCUGCGGGUGCUGAGCGCGCUGGCCCUGGAGCACGCGCGGGACGUCGUGUGCGCGCUCCUGCCGCGCUCGCUGCCCCUGGACGGGGAGGCCGCCGAACUGUGGCGCAGCCUGAGCCGGAACCAGCGCGUGAACGGGCAGGUGCUGGUGCAGCUGCUAUGGACACUGAAGGGCGCAGCGGGGCCAGAGCAGCAAGCGCUGGCGGCCACGCGCGCCCUCAGGGAGAUGCUGGACGUGUCGGGCUGCGUGGGUGCCACGCGGGGCUUCUACCCGCACCUGCUGCUCGCGCUGGUCACACAGCUGCACGAGCUGGCCCGCAGCGCGGGCUCCCCUGACACCCCCAAGGUUUGGGCCCCGUCCCACAGAGGACCGCCGGACAGUCACGCUAGCUGCGCAGUGGAGGCCUUGAAGGCCCUGCUCAUUGGCGACGGCGGCCGCAUGGUGGUCACGUGCAUGGAGCAGGCGGGAGGCUGGAGGAGGCUGGUGGGAGCCCACACACACCUGGAGGGCGUCCUGCUACUGGCCAGCGCCAUGGUGGCUCACGCCGACCACCGCCUGCGAGGCCUCUUCGCCGACUUACUUCCCCGGCUGCGCAGCGCCGACGACACGCAGCGCCUCACGGCAAUGGCCUUCUUCACCGAGCUGCUGCAGAGCCGGCCCACAACGCGGCUUCUGUGGGAGGAGGACAUCCUGGAGCGGCUCCGCGCCUGGCAGGGCGACCCCGAGCCCACCGUGCGCUGGCUUGGCCUGCUGGGCCUGGGCCACCUGGCGCUGAACCGCGGGAAGGUGAGACACGUGAACACGUUGCUGCCGGCGCUCCUGGGCGCUCUGGGAGAGGGCGACGCGCGGCUCGUGGGCGCAGCGCUGGGUACGCUGCGAAGGCUCCUGCUGCGGCCGCGGGCGCCAGUGCGGCUGCUGAGCGCUGAGCUCGGGCCGCGACUGCCCCCUCUCCUGCAGGCCCGGGACGCGGUCCGCGCCUCGGCGCUCGGGCUCCUCGCGACGCUGGUGAGGCGGGGCCGGGGCGGGCUCCGGGUGGGGCUCCGCGGCCCCCUGCGGAAGCUGGUGCUGCGGAGUCUAGUGCCACUGCUGCUUCGCCUUCACGACCCCAGCCAGGACGCUGUUGAGAGCUCCCAGUGGACCCUGGCCCUCUGCGACCAGGCCCUGCGCUGGGGCCUGCUGGAGGAGGUGGUGACUGUGGCCCGCUACGACAGCCCAGAGGCUCUCAGCCGCGUCUGCCACCGUCUGGUUCAGCGGUACCCGAGCCACGUGCCCAGCUUCCUGAGCCAAACCCAGGGUUACUUUCGGAGCCCACAGGCUCCCCUGCGGCGGGCAGCCGCGGUGCUUAUAGGCUUCCUCGCCCAUCACGCCAGCCCCAGCCGUGUCAGCCAGGACCUUCUGGACUCCCUGUUCCAGGACCUGCGGCAGCUGCAGAGCGACCCGGACUCAGCCGUGGGCGCGGCCGCGCACGUGUCCUGUCAGCAGGUGGCGCUGCUGGCUGCGGCGCAGAGCCGACCCCGGCGACCACUCCUCGCCCGCCUGUCUCGGCGCUGCGCACGCACCCCACGGGCCCCGCCGGUCUUCGCUGACAGCCCCUUUCCAGCGCAGACUGCUGAGGCUGCUCCCGCCCCGGAUGAGCCUACCUGAGAUCCCACUGUCCUGUC